GUCGGACUCGUACUAACAACACUUUAGCUGGACAUCAGCUGAACUGCCAUGUACUCCCGAGAGGAUAUCAACGUGGGCAAGCUUCUGAAGAGGUUGCCAAAGGCAAUUCGGAGCAAAGUCCUGGCGAAGGAGUUCUUGGAUGAGUGCUGGACUAUUUUCAAGAAGUACGACGUCUUUCAGAGUGAGAAGCUUGAAGGCUGUAAUCUGUGGAAGGCAUUGUUGGAGGCUUUGCCCGAGGCGUUUUCUCAGGCGAUCCUCAAGAACCAGUAUGGUUGGUCUCUUCAACAAGAUUCUGUCUAUGCCUUCACUGGCUGUGGACGUGACGGUGAGCCUGCCAUCUCCUUCAUUAAGUUUCCCGAGUACGUCAAGUUCACGCUGGCCUUGAUCCUGCACAAAUAUAGCGCCAACGCCAAUGUCUUGGACUGCAAGAUGGCUCUGAAGGCUCAGGAGAUGGACCACAGCAAACGCAAGACCAAGGUGGUCGCAAGUUUGGGUCCCGCCUCUUGGAGUGAGGAGAUGAUCCCCAAGAUGAUCGAAGCAGGCACUGACAUUUUCCGUUUGAACUGCUCCCAUCGUCGUGGUGGUGAUUUUGAGCGCGUCUAUCCACUGAUUAGGAAGUAUUCCAAGAUGCUGGGCCGUCGAGUGGAAGUCUUGGGAGACCUGCAGGGCCCCAAGUUCCGCGUGGGCGAGUUGGAGGGCGAGCCGGUGAUGUUGAAGGAAGGUGAAAUUGUGGAGUUUGGCAUUUGCAAGGAUGACAAUGACCUCAUCAAAGCGGGUCGUAUCACCAUGAAGCCCACGACUGAACAACUGGCCCUGGUAAAGGCCUGCAAGGUCGGAAUCGAUUUGCUCAUUGAGGACGGCAUCAUGAAGGUGAAUGUCGUUGAGAAGCUCUCCGACACGGAGUUGAAGGUGAAGAUCAUCCGUGGAGGAAAGCUGAAGGCACGCAAGGGCGUGAACGUGCCGGACUGCGAGAUUGACUGUGCGGCGCUGACCACCAAGGACAUUGAAGAUGCCGAGUAUUUACUGCAACUGGACCCACCGGUGGAAUAUAUUUGUGUGUCCUUUGCACAAAAGGGGCAGGACCUGCAGGAGCUCAUCGACAUCAUGGACCGCCUGAAGAUCCCAGCAGACAAGCGACCGAAGAUUUGCCCAAAGAUUGAGAAGCCGCAAGCCCUCACCAACAUUGAGGGUAUCAUUGAGAAGUCUCAAGCAUUGAUGGUUGCGAGGGGUGACCUGGGCGUCGAGCUGGAACUGGAGCGUGUGCCCUUCGCGCAGAAGUUGCUCAUCGCCCGAGCCAAGAAGGCUGGCCUGUUCGUCAUCAAUGCCACGCAGAUGGUGGAGAGCAUGAUCGAAAAUCCGGUCCCCACGCGUGCGGAAGUCACAGACCUGCAGAACGCAGUGUUCGACGGCGCGGAUGCGGUGAUGCUCAGUGGCGAGGCGGCCAGUGGCAAAUAUCCCUGCGAGUCGGUGAUGGCGGAGGCAGAUGCUGCUUUGGAGGCUGAAGCCGUCCGUGACUUCCUGAAACCACAGGUUCCAGAUGGUUCCGUGGUGGAUGAGGCGAACAAACCUCGAGAAUUGGACGACAGUAAGAGGCAGAUCCAAGUGGUGGCAUCUUUGGGUCCUGCCUCGUGGAGUGAGGAGAUGAUUCCAAAGAUGAUCGAAGCAGGAACGAACAUCUUCAGGUUGAACUGCUCUCACCGCCGCGGGGGCGACUUCGAGCGGGUCUACCCGCUGAUCCGAAAAUAUGCCAAGGAGAUGGGCAAGAAGGUGGAAUGCCUCGGUGACUUGCAGGGUCCCAAGUUCCGCGUGGGUGAGCUGGCGGGGGAGCCCGUGCAGUUGAACAAUGGCGACAUCUUGGAGUUUGGUAUCUCUAAAGAUGACCAGGACCUGAUUCGCCCGGGGCGUAUCACUAUGAAACCCACCAUCGAGCAGAAUGCCUUGGUGAAAGCCUGCAAGCCGGGCACACCUUUGCUGCUGGAAGAUGGCAUCAUGGAGGUGAAAGUUAUCGAGAAAUGCUCAGAGACCGAGCUGAAGGUUGUUGUGACUCGUGGUGGCAAGUUGAAGGCGAGAAAAGGUGUCAACGUGCCUGAUGUGGAGAUUGACUGCGCUGCAUUGACCGAGAAAGACAUUGAGGAUGCAGAGUAUUUGUUACAGCUGGAGCCUCCAGUCGAAUACAUUUGCGUUUCCUUCGCCCAGAAAGGUCAAGACCUACAAGAGCUGAUCGACAUCAUGGACCGGCUCAAGGUCCCCCAGGAGAAACGACCCAAGAUCUGCCCGAAGAUCGAGAAACCUCAGGCCUUCACCAACAUCGAGGGCAUCAUCGCCAAGUCCCAAGCCCUCAUGGUGGCGCGCGGCGACCUGGGCGUGGAGCUGGGCCUGAACCGCGUGCCCUUCGCGCAGAAGCUGUUGAUCCAGAGAGCCAAACAGGCCGGACUUUUUGUAAUCACAGCUACGCAGAUGGUUGAGAGCAUGAUUGAGAACCCUGUGCCAACACGAGCAGAAGUCUCCGAUUUGAUGAACGCCGUCUGGGACGGCACCGAUGCCGUGAUGCUCAGUGGCGAGGCGGCCACCGGCAAGUUCCCAUGUGAGGCGGUCAUGGCGGAGGCCUCCGCCGCGCGCGAGGCCAGGAGAAAGGCUGGACAAGAUCAUUGGCUGGGAUUGGAGGUGAACGCCAUCCUGGAGCUCAGCCUGUAUGACGACCGUGGUGGACAACAAGGUCGGGGACUGCUUGUGCUUACCGGACGUGGCAUGGAGGACAAUGAGAAGGAAGGUCAGACAUGGAUUGGAUGGUUCCUUGCCGUGGAGGACGAUUACUACGCAUGGUGGGUGUCAAAUCACUACCCGGUGAAAUCGAUUCCAUUCCAUUUUUGUGCCAUACAGGCCCACCGGUGCUCAGUCCCCACACUAUACAGGGAGCCGAUCCAUGUUGACGUCUUUCGAGUUCUUCCUGGGGACUCCUACCAGGAUUUGAAAUGGAUGGAUGAUGCAAAGAAGGCGCAGGCAAAGAGUCUGCUUGAGGAACGGCGGAGGGCACAUCUUGGGUCUGGGAAUGCUGCCCCCCAGUCUUUGGGGGAAGGCGAGCUCAGGCCUGGGGGUGCUGACGGUGCACAAGUUGAAGUAGGUCCUGAGGGGAUUGCAGGCUUGGCUCAGGCCCUAGGUGGAGAAGGCCACCCUCCGGAGAAGUUGGCCGCACAGCCAGAGCGGAAAAGGCAGAGGAGAGAAGUGGUGGACACUGACAAGAAGCCUGAUGAUGUCAAGCAGGGCUUGGAUGAAGUUCUCAGCAAGCGGAAGGCCCCAGUGCCAGCUGGAAGUGCUCUCAAGAUGACGAAAGGUGACAAAAAGAAGAAGAAGUCAAAGAAGAGGAGUGACAAAAAGAAGAAAAGGGAAAGGAAUGACAAGAAAGAUGGCUCUAGUGGCACUUCCUCGGAUGAGGAUACAAGCAGCUCUGAGGAUUCGCUUUUUCGAUUGGCCGCCCUGCCAGAAGGAGUAGAUCGCCUGCACCGGCUUCAUCAGGAAAGACCGGGUGCUUUGGGGAACUUGACUUUACGUCGGUUUCAGGAGCUACUCAACCGCUCGACAGGCGGGGGAUCGGCCACUCAGGAGCAAGACUUGCCGCCAGUGGCAAGAGCCUACCUGAGUCAGAUAUACCUGACCAGGAACUCGGAGAGCGCAAUCGGCCUGCGGAACUUGCGAGAGUUACGAACUCUGGCGACCCUUGCGGACAUGAUCGCCAGCAACGAUGCUCUCAGAGCAUUGGACGUGGCCCUCCAGCGGAUGAAGGCAAUCGAGUUGUUCAUCAGUCAGGGGCAAUGGUCCCAGGCCAACCUGCUCGAGCUGAUUCUUCCGGAGGACGAGCAGAGAGCUUGGUUCCGUCAGGAAUUAAAAGCAGCCCAGCCGGAGCACAAGAGCGAAAUGCGGAACCGGGAAGGGCCGGAAGGGCCGAGGAAAAGGAAAGAAAGGAGGCAAGAGAUGGUGAUUGAGGAGAGGAACCCAAUUGGCCUCAGCUACCCUGCUUUGGAAAGAGCGAUGCGAGAGAAUGAGAUUUCCGAGGAGACAGCAGUCAAGGUGAGGGAGCUCCUACUUGAUGAAGAGGUCAUCGGACUCCAUCAGCUCCUACAGAAGUCAGUGAAAGCCAGUCCCAACUGGGUGAAAAUUGAGUUCAGAUUCUUUGAGAUCCUUGCAGAUGUCGCUGGUGACCCGCCCAGUGUUGUCAAGAAGCGGUUGCAGGAGCAUUGCAGCUUUAUUGAAGCGGAAAGGAAUCCAUCCGCCUCGCCAGCCCUAUCUACCCUUCUGGGAGUUGGCAGCCUUCCACUUGGGGUUGAUCCUCGGGUGGGAGAAGGCCGGCUCCUGAGGGUUGAACAGGGGGUCGAAGUGAGAGCGGCAGAGGUUGAAUGGAAAAAGGAGGAUGGUGUGUUUGUGGGGGCGCCCCACAGAGAGCAUGGUUGCACCAUCUAUCACAAGGACUUUGUGAGCCAGCUUGGGCACGAGGCAGUCAGGCAAUCAUUGUCCGGCCAGAAGCUCUAUGUUGCGCCCAAUGAUGUGGAGGGGGCCUUGUGGUUGAUCCGUGAGUUCAAACUUGGUAAAGGACAGCACCUGAGCGUUGAGGGUUGGAGGCAGAGAAUGGAACGAGGCUGCUCUCGUGAGAUGUCGUUGAGUCUGACUGGGGUGGUGUUGAAGCUUGGAAUCAUGGAUCGCCCCGGUGAGCUUGGGAACUUUGCUCGAGCUCUUUCUUGCUGUGCUCUGGAGACUUUUCAGCGACAGCCUGCAGAGCUCCUCCCUCUACCUCUGCCCGAGAUGAACGAUGAGGAGCGUUCAAUUGAGGAAGCUGUCCAUAGAUGCAUGAAAGGAGAUGACGAUGUUGGUGGUGCAAGAUGGAUUGAAUUGAGAAAAGAGACGGAGAAAAUUGGAAGAAAAGUAUGGACAUGUUUGCAAUGCUUGGUGGUCAACUUUCUUUACUCCCAAGGGAGUGGUCACCGCAUGUUGACGGAAGGGAUGCUUCACAGCAGAACACCAACAAAAGCUCAGCAGGAAGCCUUGGGACGAUUUUCUGAGAUGAGCCGGAAGUGGCUGGAGGAGGAUACCGGUGACAGUGUGAAGGCAGAUACAUGGGAAAAUUGUUCAGAAGGCCUGGGAGACAUGUACACAGGGCCGAACAUUGGCAAAUCGUACCCCCUCACGCUGGAGGCGAUUCUGCCUACAACCCCGGGCUCAGGAGAGGCUGCUCGCAUCCCUAUGGUUGAUGUGGUCAGUGACAGCGUGAAGCCCUAUGUGGAAUCUCCGGAAAGUCUCCUGAUCCCUGAGGAGGAGUUGGUGGCUCCCCGCAUCUCAGCGGCCGUGCAGGUGACUUCUCAGCAGGAGUGGAACAAGGUUGUGAGCCACCUUGUGGAUGCAGGAAUGCUGGAAAGAGAAGUAAAAGAGGAGACAUUGAGAUACAAGGAUCAGCCUGUGAGAAAUGGAGCCUUUGGAGUGCAUAAGGCCUGGGUUCUGAAGGAAGAUGGAAGCUGGCUGCGGACCCUGCGGCUCAUCAUCAACAUGAUCCCGGCCAACAGCUUUCAAAGGAGGAUGCCGGUACGCUUGUUCACGUUGAACAAGAAGGCGGCUGGUGAGUGCUUCAAAGAUGGAAAUGAUCAGAUGAGCUAUCCACGGGUGAAGAGCGCACCAAUGGGUUGGAACAAUGUGGUUGACUUCAUCCAAGAUGGGUUUGAAAACAUGGCAAGGGAAGCAGGGCUGCCUCCAAACCAGAUCAUCAGGAUGGGAGAGCCAAGUCCAUUGGUGCCAUUGGAAACCCCCAGGAGUUUCUUUUCGUUCUAUGUGGACAACUUUGAUCAGUUGAAGCUGGUCUGGCGGACAGACCAAGGUCUCUAUGAGGGGUUCCCAAGUGAGGAACAACUGAAGUUGAGGGAGAAGAUGAAUCAGCUGACAGUUGGACGGGAUCCAAAGAAAGCUGCUGAGGGAACAAUUUCAUGGAGCAGUCUGGGAGCCGAAAUUGCUGGAAAGGAAGGUUGGGUUGGCAGUGCACGAAGCUUCCGAAAAGCGUUGCUGGGUGCAAACCUUGGGCUGCUGGUCGGGGGGAGGCUCUAUGUGGAAAUGAAUCAGGAGAAGCCACGCAUCAUGACAGAGCAGGCAAAAGAUGAGCUUCUGCUUUUGAGUUGUGAGCUGCCUAUGCACUGGCUUGACCUGCGAUUGAAGGUGUCGGGUCAAGUGUAUGCUACGGAUGCCAGUCCUGAGGGUGGCGGAGCUUGUAGUAGCACCUCGCUGAGCCCUUGGGGCAAUGCCCGCCUCCAGAGCAUGUCGCAUGAAACUGAAGGUCUAGAAGGAGGCGGCACCCGCAACGCCUUGGUAGUGGAAUGUUUCGCGGGCAUGGGUGGCCUCAAGCAGGCCCUGGAUCUCCUGGGUUUCGAGCCAGCAGGGGUGAUUGCCAUUGACAAUUCCCCGGAGUGCAGUCGGAUUUACCGGCAGCACUGCCGCCAUGCCAUUUGGAUCCAGGACAUUACAACGAUCACUGAGGCACAGGUGAUAGAAUGGCGGAGGAGAUUCCCAAAAGUCACACAAGUCAUCUUGGCUGGAGGAUGGCCCUGUGUAAACCAUUCCCUGUUGAAUGUGCACCGGCAGGGUGCAGAAGGUGCUACGAGCAAGCUUCUUGACGGCAUGCUCCAAAUUCGGCAAUGGCUCAAAGAAUGCAGCAGGAAGCUCAACCUGCCUGAGUGGAAACUGGUGGAGAUGUACGAGAAUGUUGUCAUGGAUGAUGGGGACUUCAAGGUGCAGACGAAGAAGAUAGGCUUCCUUCCAUACUUCAUGGAAGCGGCUCAGCUGGGCCGCUGUAGGCGACCACGCCUCUAUUGGCUGUCAGGAGUGGACAUCAUUCCUGGAGAUGACUUGAAGGUUUUGCAGAGGGUCAUUAUGCGAGGACAUGAAUAUCAUGUCAAGGAAGUCAGAGUGGAUACAGAAAGGCCGCCUCUGGAGUGGUUCCUGGAGAAGGGUGCUUCCAAAAUGAAAGGCCCUGAAGACCCUUUCGCAACCUUCACGAGGCCAAUUCCACGUCAAUCUCCUCCGGACAGCCCUGCUGGGCUGGACCAGGCCUCAGAACGAGCGAAGAAAAGAUGGCAAGGAGACAGCUUCCGGCUGCAGGUGUAUCAGUAUGAAGAGCGGAACCUGGUGGUUGACAAGAACGGCCCUCGUCGCCCCCUUCCCGAAGAACAACUUCGAAUGAUGGGGUUCUGCUCGAACCAUCUGACAGCCAAGAAUCGUUUGAGCAAUGAUCUGAAGGGGCAAAUGAUUGGCAAUAGCUUCUCUGCCAUCUCAGUCGCCCGUCUCCUAGUUGGACUGGUUGCUACACCAGAACAAUGCAAGAACAAAGAUGUGACCUUGCUGCUAUGGCAGGUCUGGCAGCAAAAGGAGCAAAAAGCCCGGCAAGAGGAUAAGCCUUGGAAGAUAAGGUUUUCAAGCGUGGCUGCAGGGGCACCCGGGGCGGUGAGUCUCGUUCACGAGAUCUUGCCGUCACCUGUCGCUCCGUUGCGGUCGCUCAUUGACCCACAAGGAUGGCUGACCGAUGAGGAGGCCUUGAGCUACCUCCUGGCCCGAAAUGGAACUCAUCGCAAUGCCGAAAUCAGGGUCGAUUUGGGAAUGCCCUAUGCUGUUGGCGAACUUUGUCGACAGAGCGUGGAUCCCACACAUUGGGUGUGGAAAGUGCUCCUGUCAUACGCCUGGAAGGAAAAAGGGCAGCACAUCAACGUCUUGGAGUUGGUGGCUGUCCUCGACCUGCUCCGGCGUCAAGCUCGAGAUCCAAAGUUUCACAGCCUCAAGAUGUUGACCCUGGUGGAUAAUCAGGUGGCACUGAGCUGCAUCUCUAAGGGACGCAGUUCCGCCCGAGCACUCCAAGGUGAGCUUUUCUUUGCUCGAAAAGGCGACUUCACAUGGAAUUCUGCUAAGACCCGUGCUGUCUGGUCUCUUCCGCUUACCAAAAGUGGGCAGCGAGUGGGAGCACAUGAGUCUUUGGUCAUUGAUGACCCCUGGUUGGUAACUGCUUUGGCAAACUACCUGCGUGCUUUGGCCCCUGGUGACUAUUUGCGAACAGCCAUCCCAUCUCUCCUGUGGCAAAUUGGCUUGCCUCCACGUCCCCUGCCGCCACCCAGGGACUUGGACACCGGUGUCAGGGUGCUUCUUUUUCUUGUCGGUAAGGCCAUCGACAGCAAGCUGCCGCUGCGUCCGCCCCGCGCCUUGAAUUGCGGCAUGGCGCUGAAGCGUCAGGAGACGGACCACAACAAGAGGAAGACCAAGGUGGUCGCCAGCCUGGGCCCUGCUUCUUGGAGUGAGGAAAUGAUCCCCAAGAUGAUCCAGGCAGGUGCCGACAUCUUCCGCUUGAACUGCUCCCACCGCCGCGGCGGCGACUUUGAGCGAGUCUACCCGCUGAUUCGUCAGUCGGCCAAGGAACUUGGAAAGAAGGUGGAGUGUUUGGGUGACCUGCAGGGUCCCAAGUUCCGUGUGGGCGAGCUGGCCGCGGAGCCCAUCCCACUGAAAGAUGGCGAUGUCUUGGAGUUCGGGAUCUGCAAGGACGACAAUGACCUCAUCAAACCAGGGCGAAUUACCAUGAAACCAACGAUCGAGCAAAAUGCCUUGGUGAAGGCAUGCACGGUCGGCACCCCCUUGCUGUUGGAAGAUGGCAUCAUGGAAGUGAAGGUCACGGAAAAGAUCAGUGACACCGAGCUCAAAGUCAGAGUGGUGCGCGGUGGCAAGCUGAAGGCACGCAAGGGUGUGAACGUUCCAACGGUGCAGAUUGACUGCGCUGCGCUAACGGAGAAGGAUGUUGAGGACGCUGAGUUCUUGCUGCAGCUGGACCCGCCCAUCGAGUACAUUUGCGUGUCCUUCGUGCAGAAAGGGCAAGAUCUUCAGGAGCUCAUUGACAUCAUGGAUCGCUUGCAGAUUCCUCAGGAACGCCGACCAAAGAUUUGCCCAAAGAUCGAAAAACCUCAGGCGCUCACCAACAUUGAGGGCAUCAUCGCGAAGUCGCAGGCCCUGAUGGUGGCACGUGGAGAUUUGGGUGUGGAGUUGGAGUUGGAACGCGUGCCAUUCGCGCAGAAGCUGCUCAUCAGGAGAGCCAAGGAUGCUGGUCUCUUCGUGAUCAAUGCCACACAGAUGGUGGAGAGCAUGAUUGAGCAACCCAUCCCGACCCGCGCCGAAGUGUCGGACCUGCAAAACGCCGUGUGGGACGGUGCUGAUGCGGUGAUGCUCAGUGGCGAGGCGGCCAGUGGCAGAUACCCAUGUGAAUCCGUCAUGGCGGAGGCGGAUGCGGCCUUGGAGGCGGAGUCGGUGAAGCACCUCUUGGUACCGCAGGUCUUUGACGACUACGUAGUGGAUGAAGCCAACAAGCCGCGUGAGUUGGACGACAGCAAGAGAAGGACCAAGGUGGUGGCAAGUCUAGGCCCAUCCUCUUGGAGUGAUGACAUGAUCCAGAAGAUGAUCCUGGCGGGCACAGACAUUUUCCGUCUCAACUGCUCCCAUCGAAGAGGUGGUGACUUCGAGCGAGUUUACCCUUUGAUUCGCAAGCACUCCAAGGAGCUGGGUGUGAACGUGGCAUGCCUGGGCGACUUGCAGGGCCCAAAGUUCCGCGUGGGUGAGUUGGCAGCUGAUCCCAUUCCCUUGAAGAAUGGUGACGUUUUGGAGUUCGGAAUUUGCAAGGACGACAACGACACGAUCAAACCAGGGCGCAUCACCAUGAAACCUACCAUCGAGCAGAAUGCCCUUGUGGAGGCGUGCAAGGUGGGUACAGUGCUGCUGAUUGAAGAUGGAUUGAUGGAGGUCAAGGUCACGGAGAAGAUCUCCAGCACGGAGCUGAAGGUGGAAGUCAUCCGAGGUGGCAAAUUGAAGGCGCGUAAGGGCGUCAACGUCCCGGAUCUGGAGAUUGACUGCGCUGCCCUGACUUCAAAGGAGAGCCGGGACAUUGAGGAUGCGGAGUUCCUCCUCCAAUUGGACCCACCCAUUGAGUACAUUUGCGUGUCCUUCGUGCAGAAGGGUCAGGAUUUGCAGGAACUCAUUGAUAUCAUGGAUCGUUUGAAGAUUCCGGCCGAGCGGAGACCUAAGAUUUGCCCCAAGAUCGAGAAGCCACAGGCCCUGACCAACAUCGAUGGCAUCAUUGCCAAGUCCCAAGCCCUCAUGGUGGCCAGGGGCGACCUGGGCGUGGAGCUGGGCCUGAACCGCGUGCCCUUCGCGCAGAAGCUGCUGAUCGCACGUGCCAAGCAAGCGGGGCUCUUUGUGAUCAACGCCACCCAAGUGGUGGAGAGCAUGAUCAACAACCCAGUGCCCACUCGCGCGGAAGUCAGCGAUGUUUGCAAUGCAGUGUGGGAUGGUGCGGAUGCAGUCAUGCUGUCCGGAGAAGCAGCCAGUGGCAACUUCCCUCUGGAGGCGGUCAUGGCCGAAGCUAGCGCCGCACGUGAAGCCGAGUCUGUGAAGCACCGGCUGCGACGGGCAUGUCCACCUGUGGAGUCAGGCGACGUUGCCCCUCCCAUGCUGCAUGUGAACAUGGGCAACAAGAAGCAGGAAACCAACGACUCCUUGAGGAAGACCAAGGUGGUCGCCUCCUUGGGCCCGGCCUCCUGGAGUGAGGAGAUGAUUCCUAAGAUGGUGGCUGCUGGCACAGACAUCUUCCGCCUGAACUGCUCCCACCGCCGUGGCGGUGAUUUUGAGCGCGUCUAUCCACUGAUCCGCAAGGCGGCGCAAGAGCUUGGCAGAAAGGUGGAAUGCCUGGGCGACCUGCAAGGUCCCAAAUUCCGCGUAGGAGAGUUGGCUGCAGAUCCCAUCGAGUUGAAGAAUGGCGAUGUCUUGGAGUUUGGCAUUUGCAAAGAUGACAACGACAACAUCCGAGAAGGCCGCAUCACCAUGAAGCCAACGAUCGAGCAGAAGGCCCUGAUUGCUGCCUCCAAACCCGGUAUCGAUCUUCUCCUCGAGGAUGGCAUCAUGAAGGUGAACGUGGUGGAAAAGUUGAGCGACACCGAGCUGAAGGUGAAGGUUGUGCGAGGUGGCAAGCUGAAGGCUCGCAAGGGUGUGAACGUCCCGGAUGUGGAGAUCGACUGCGCAGCGCUCACAGCCAAGGACAUUGAGGAUGCGGAGUUCCUCCUCCAAUUGGACCCACCCAUUGAGUACAUUUGCGUGUCGUUCGUGCAGAAGGGUCAGGAUUUGCAGGAGUUGAUCGACAUCAUGGACCGCCUGAAGAUUCCUCAGGAGAGGCGCCCGAAGAUUUGCCCCAAAAUCGAGAAGCCGCAGGCCCUAAGCAACAUCGAUGGCAUCAUCGCCAAGUCUCAAGCCCUGAUGGUGGCGCGCGGAGAUUUGGGUGUGGAGCUGGAGUUGGAACGCGUGCCCUUCGCGCAGAAGCUGCUGAUCCGCAAAGCCAAGGAUGCCGGGCUCUUUGUGAUCAAUGCCACCCAGAUGGUGGAGAGCAUGAUCGAGAAUCCCGUCCCGACACGGGCAGAAGCCACUCGACGCCUAAGCCAAGCAGUUAGCGACUUGCAGAACGCCAUUUGGGAUGGUGCAGAUGCUGUGAUGCUCAGUGGUGAGGCCGCCAGCGGCAAGUUCCCCUGCGAGGCCGUCAUGGCCGAGGCCUCGGCGGCCUUGGAGGCCGAGAGCGUCAAAGACCUGCUCCAGCCGCGUUUGGGCGUGGACUACUUCUGUGACGAGGGAAACAAACCCAGGGAGAUGGAUGAUUCCAAGCGCCGCACAAAGGUCGUGGCCAGCUUGGGUCCUGCAUCCUGGAGCGAGGAGAUGAUUCCCAAGAUGAUCGCAGCGGGCACCGACAUCUUCCGCCUGAACUGCUCCCACCGCCGGGGCGGCGACUUUGAGCGCGUCUAUCCGCUGAUCCGCAAGACAGCGGCAGAGAUGGGCAAGAAGGUGGAAUGCCUGGGAGACCUCCAGGGUCCCAAGUUCCGUGUGGGCGAGUUGGCAGCUGACCCCAUCGAGCUGAAGAACGGUGACAUCGUGGAGUUUGGCAUCAGUGUUGAUGACAAUGACAAUAUCCGACCGGGACGUAUCACCAUGAAGCCCACGACCGAACAGAACGCCUUGGUGAAGGGGUGCCAGGUUGGAACCACUUUGCUUAUUGAAGACGGCAUCAUGGAGGUUGUGGUCACCGAGAAGCUGAGUGACACCGAACUCAAGGUGCAGAUCACUCGUGGCGGAAAGCUGAAGGCCAGGAAAGGCGUGAAUGUGCCAGACAUCGAGAUCGACUGCGCCGCCCUGACGGUGAAGGAUAUUGAGGAUGCUGAGUUCCUUUUGCAGUUGGACCCUCCGAUCGAGUACAUUUGCGUGUCCUUCGCACAGAAGGCACAGGAUUUGCAGGAGCUGAUUGACAUCAUGGACCGCCUGAAUAUUCCAGCAGAGAAACGACCAAAGAUUUGCCCGAAGAUUGAGAAGCCCCAAGCGCUUACCAACAUUGACGGAAUCAUCGAGAAGUCCCAGUCCCUGAUGGUGGCCCGGGGUGAUCUCGGGGUGGAGCUUGGAUUGAAUCGCGUGCCUUUCGCGCAGAAACUGCUCAUCCGCAAGGCCAAGCAAGCGGGGCUCUUCGUGAUCACGGCCACCCAGAUGGUUGAGAGCAUGAUCGAGGCUCCAGUUCCAACACGUGCAGAAGUUGCGGACCUGUGUAAUGCAGUCUGGGACGGCACGGACGCCGUGAUGUUGUCUGGGGAGGCCGCCAGCGGCAAAUUCCCCUGCGAGGCCGUCAUGGCGGAGGCUGCGGCUGCACGGGAGGCGGAGUCAGUAGAGCAUCGAGUUUUCCCAGCGAUCCCUGCGGUGGUGUGA